AUGUCGAAAGUUGUUGCCUCCUGUGUCGUUAGACAACGCUUCGCACUAUUGGGCGCUACAGGGCAUACUGGCCGUCGGAUUUUGCAGAAACUUCUUCAACUGGAGACCAUUCCUGAUAUUGAAAUCCAUGUUUAUGCUCGGUCUCGAGCAAAACUCGAGUCACUUUUCCCGUCUUUAUCGUCUGACCGUCGGGUGACUAUCUUUCAUGGGAGUCUCAGCGAUGAAAACUUAAUCCGGAAUUGCCUUGCAAGUGUGGAUACAAUUAUUUGCACAGUCGGCGAGAAUGAGAACAUUCCUGGAGUAACCGUAUUGCGUGAUUGCGCUCAAGCCGUUCUUAGAGCCUUAGCAUCGCUUCAAAUGGAGGAGAAGACAUGGAUUCGGCCACGCCUCCUCCUCCUCUCAUCUGCCACCUGGAACUCUCGUUUUGCAGCCUCCCGACCAAUCGUGUUGGACUGGAUGAUUCGGAAUGCAUUUUCCCGGCCCUACAGCGACCUAGUCAAGGCCCAGGAGAUGUUUCUCGCCGCUACCUCUCUUGUGUCUGUGCUGCUAGUUCAGCCUAAUGCGCUGGUAGAGGAAGCUGCGACUGGGUGUGUCAUAAGUACCGAGUUUGCGUACAUCGCAGUAUCCUAUGCUGAUUUGGCGGAUGGCUUUGUGCAGCUCGCUACAAACCCGACGUACAAAGAAAUCUCCGCCAUUGGGGUCUCUAGUCAAGGGGCAAAGAAACCCUUCCUAUACAUUCCAUUCGCCUUAGGCAAAGUGAUUCGAGGCUUACUCUUCCAAUUUGUGCCUGGUUACUGGCGGGCAGAGUAUGCUAUUUCUCGACACAUGAAGGGUUGGAGCCAAAAGUCCAAGAAUACAUGA